AUGGAUUUAUACAAGGAUAGAGCCAAUAGUCUAAAGCUUAUGAAUGAAAUUGAAAGGCUAAUUAAAGAGGAGGACGAAGCUUUGGUGACUUUAAAACAACAAAGUGAUAUGCAUACCAAGUCUUUUGUCUGUCAUUUCGUUCUUUUGGCACUUCUGCUAGUAGUGGGAAUGUGUUCGUUUACGUUUGUAGCUUACUAUGGUUUUCAAAGCAUGGGAUAUGAUCAGCAGUCACUGAACGGAGGUUUGUUAAUCCUUCUAUUUACUCAGGUCCACAGAGAUGCCAACCUAAAAAUCUAAAAUCUGGAGACGCUUCAGUUUGCACUACCCCCCACCCCCUCCCCCCAUUGUCAAUUGACCCGGCUACCUUGGCUUAUGACAUCAUAUGAAGUCUUACAUGAAUUCAUGCCAUCAAAAUUCGCUUAACAACGUAAUCUUUGUCAGUGACCAAUUAUACGUUUAAAAAUGUCCCAGAAACCCGUACAAUGAAUAAAAAAACAUUCAAAUUUUGAGGAAAAAAAUGAGCUAAAUUUCAAGCUGAAGCACAGAUAAGCUCAAAAGUCCAUUUUAUCCAGAAGAUUUGGUGACCUUACGGAAGAGCGGGAGAUCAGUGCCAUAUCUGGGAGACUUCCGGAUAAUCUAGGAGAGUUGGCAUAUAUGGGUCCCCCUUUCAGAAGAGUCGUGAAACAAUAUAGACACUUUUGUUAUUUCAUGACAUGGCAAGCCACAGGAGCUCAAUGGGACUGUUAUUCACUGAUUUAAGUGGCUAAUUCUAUGGCUAUUUUUUAUUGUUUUAAUUCAGGGUAUUAUGAGCUUGAAAUCUUUCAAGAUGAGGACAAGCCACAUCACAGCACAAUGGAUAGGCCUCUACACCAGAUGACGGGCAGGAUUUCUAGUGCUAAAAGUUCUGCUCCUUAUAAUCCCCCUCCAAGAUCAGAAAAGGCAAAAACAGGUGAGUCAUAGAGAAAGGCUGUAAAAAAUUCCCUGAGUCCCCGUGACGUGAUUAGGGCAACAUGCAUAUCUCCUUCUAGAGACUGCUAGUCAACCAUGUCUCAAGCUUAUCUUGGCCAAAAUUGCAUUUAGCCACAUCAAUUAAACUCCCCUCUUUAAUUUUUAUCUACAGCAAGGUACAUUGUGCACAACACUAUCUGGGGAUCUAUCUCAACUAUCUCUGUGGCACUGAAUGGAGCUCCUUUUAGUGUGGUUACGUCUUUCAGUGAUGGGACUGUUGAUAAUAGCACAGGGAUACCAUACUUUUACCUGUCAAGUUUUGACCCUGUAAACAAAAACAUUAAGGUAAACAACUGGGCAAGUCUGUCAGUUUCUGAAGCACAAAGUGAUUACUGCAAGAAACAUGACUGGGACCCAGAGGAACCACUUUGCUCUAGAGUGUCUCUCACAGGAAAGGUAAGUUAAUAGCACUUUAAUGUUUAAACCUUAGUGUUUUCCUUUUUCUGCCUUCAAUAGAUCUUGGCACAGUUUUAGAAGCCAUCUUGAUGAGUAGCCAAACACGUGAGAAAUUACUGGUGUCAGUGUUUGUAUGAGAAUCUAAUGUGAAAUAAUUUUCCUUAAAAUGGCUGUUCUGAAAAAAUAUGAAUAAUGUACUGAAAAAAAUUGAGGGCGUUACAUGCAGCUAUAUGCACUAGAACCACUUUUUAAAAUUUUCUAUACAAUUGUCUGUAAAAAUUUUUCUUCCUGCCGACUAAAAUUUCCUGGGAAAAUUGCAGAUAAAUAAUUAUGUGGAAAAUCUUAAACAAGUGUCUGGAGAGAUUUAAGCACAGUAACAGCCCAAAAAAUUUGUUUUUAGAAUCGUUUGCUGUGUGGCUUUAGUUUACAAUUCAUUUUUUUCCAGAACAGCCGUGUUACGGAAAUUAUUUGACAUUAGAUUCUCAUGCAAACACUGUAACAUCUCACAUGUGGCUUCCAAAACCGUGACAAGGUCAGGCAAUAACAGCUCUCAUCAAUGUUAAUCAGUGUUUUAAACAUCAUGCAUCAACUAAAGGACUCUAAUGUUUCAUUCUUUCUUGUCUCUUAAAACUUACCGGUAAAGCUUGUUCAUGUUGGCCCUGAUGAGAUCAAGUUUGCUCAAAAUGCUUUGUUUUCGAGACAUCCUGUGAUGAAAUCUUGGCCUAAAGGUCAUGGUAAGUUAUCACAAAGUUAUCAUUCUUUCUUUAUACCUCUUGCACCAAAUUUCAGGUCUUAGUUAUUUUAUAAUAUCAAGUGAUGUCUUUGCGGCCAUCAUCAGUGCCUUCGCAUAUCAUCGCUACUUUUGUCAUUAUACUGUUUUUUUCUUGUCACUGAUGCAUUUACUCAGUCUAGUAACCAAGUUAUCUUCUUUUUACAGAUUGGCAGACACUCAAACUUGAAAUUGUCAAUGUCUGGAUGCAAGAUAAUUAUGGCUCUGCUGAUAUCAUUCCAGUGAAAGAUUACCUGAAGAUCAAAUUGUAG